AAGGCGGAACCUUUCUGUCGCGCCUCCAAUUAACCUGCGCAGUGGGGAUCAUUUAGGUCUGCGCGCAGCCCUUGUGCUGCGGUUUGCUUGGGGCAGCAAAGACAGUAGUGAGUCUAAUCGCUUCUUCCUUCGUCGUGAGCAGCAUGGAUGUGCUUGCGGAGGAGUUUGGGAACCUGAGCCGGGAGCAACUGGCUGCGCCCAUCCCGACUGUAGAGGAAAAAUGGAGGCUGCUUCCAGCAUUCUUAAAGGUGAAAGGCCUUGUGAAACAGCAUAUAGAUUCCUUUAACUAUUUCAUUAAUGUAGAGAUAAAGAAGAUCAUGAAAGCCAAUGAAAAGGUUACAAGUGAUGCUGACCCCAUGUGGUACUUAAAGUAUCUUAACAUCUAUGUUGGGCUUCCUGAUGUUGAAGAAAGUUUCAAUGUAACUAGACCAGUGUCCCCUCAUGAGUGCCGUCUGCGGGACAUGACGUACUCUGCCCCCAUCACAGUGGAUAUUGAGUACACCCGAGGCAGCCAGAGGAUCAUCCGCAAUGCCUUACCCAUUGGCAGAAUGCCCAUAAUGCUACGGAGUUCAAACUGUGUUCUCACAGGAAAAACACCCGCAGAGUUUGCCAAACUGAAUGAAUGUCCUUUAGAUCCAGGUGGCUACUUCAUUGUUAAAGGAGUAGAAAAAGUGAUUCUUAUCCAAGAGCAGCUGUCUAAGAACAGGAUCAUUGUGGAGGCUGACAGAAAAGGGGCCGUUGGUGCUUCAGUUACCAGCUCUACCCAUGAAAAAAAAAGCAGAACCAAUAUGGCUGUGAAACAAGGACGAUUUUAUCUGAGGCAUAAUACGUUGUCCGAAGAUAUACCCAUUGUAAUCAUAUUUAAGGCCAUGGGUGUUGAGAGUGACCAGGAAAUUGUGCAGAUGAUUGGAACAGAGGAGCACGUGAUGGCUGCAUUUGGGCCCAGUUUGGAAGAGUGCCAGAAAGCUCAGAUUUUCACACAGAUGCAGGCAUUAAAAUAUAUAGGGAACAAAGUGAGGAGGCAAAGGAUGUGGGGAGGUGGACCGAAGAAAACCAAAGUAGAAGAAGCAAGAGAGCUACUGGCCUCCACCAUUCUGACCCACGUGCCAGUUAAAGAAUUCAAUUUCCGAGCCAAAUGUAUAUAUACUGCGGUGAUGGUGCGAAGAGUAAUUCUGGCCCAAGGAGAUAAUAAAGUUGACGACAGAGACUACUAUGGGAACAAGCGAUUGGAGUUGGCAGGACAGCUUUUAUCACUGCUUUUUGAAGAUUUAUUCAAAAAAUUUAAUUCUGAAAUGAAGAAGAUUGCAGACCAGGUGAUUCCUAAACAAAGAGCAGCCCAAUUUGAUGUGGUGAAACACAUGCGUCAAGACCAGAUCACCAAUGGCAUGGUGAAUGCCAUUUCUACAGGAAAUUGGUCUCUAAAGAGAUUUAAAAUGGACCGCCAGGGUGUGACUCAGGUGCUGUCUCGCUUGUCAUACAUAUCUGCAUUGGGCAUGAUGACCAGAAUCUCUUCCCAGUUUGAAAAAACAAGAAAAGUGAGCGGUCCUCGAUCCCUGCAGCCAUCUCAGUGGGGGAUGCUCUGUCCAUCGGACACUCCUGAGGGAGAGGCAUGUGGUUUGGUUAAAAACUUGGCCCUUAUGACACAUAUCACUACUGACAUGGAAGAUGGACCCAUUGUUAAGUUAGCCAGCAACCUGGGAGUAGAAGAUGUGAAUUUAUUAUGUGGGGAAGAACUCUCUUACCCAAAUGUGUUUCUCGUCUUCCUCAAUGGUAACAUUCUAGGUGUCAUUCGAGACCAUCAGAAGCUAGUGAACACAUUUCGACUGAUGCGAAGAGCAGGAUAUAUCAAUGAAUUUGUUUCCAUCUCAACAAAUCUCACAGAUCGAUGUGUCUAUAUUUCCUCUGAUGGAGGAAGGCUGUGCAGACCAUACAUAAUUGUUAAGAAACAGAAGCCUGCAGUCACGAAUAAGCAUAUGGAAGAGCUGGCUCAGGGAUACAGGAAUUUUGAAGAUUUCUUACAUGAGAGUCUGGUUGAAUAUUUAGAUGUGAAUGAAGAAAAUGAUUGUAACAUCGCACUCUAUGAGCAUACAAUUAAUAAACCUAGUAGGUGGCAUUCUGUUUUCUCCAAUGUCAAUGAAGGUACCAUUGGAUACAACCAACGGAACAGAAUUGAUACACUCAUGUAUCUACUAGCAUAUCCACAAAAACCCAUGGUUAAAACGAAGACUAUAGAGUUGAUAGAAUUUGAGAAACUGCCAGCUGGGCAAAAUGCAACAGUUGCUGUGAUGAGUUACAGUGGCUAUGAUAUUGAAGAUGCUCUUGUUUUAAACAAGGCCUCCUUGGACAGAGGAUUUGGGCGUUGCCUUGUUUAUAAAAAUGCUAAAUGUACAUUGAAACGAUAUACCAAUCAGACUUUUGAUAAAGUGAUGGGGCCGAUGUUGGAUGCUGCUACAAGGAAACCCAUCUGGCGGCAUGAAAUUUUAGAUGCGGAUGGUAUUUGUUCUCCAGGUGAGAAAGUAGAAAACAAGCAAGUGCUUGUAAAUAAGUCCAUGCCCACAGUAACUCAGAUUCCCUUGGAGGGAAGUAAUGUGCCGCAGCAACCCCAGUACAAAGAUGUGCCCAUCACCUACAAAGGGGCAACGGAUUCAUAUAUUGAAAAAGUGAUGAUAUCUUCAAAUGCUGAAGAUGCUUUUUUGAUCAAAAUGCUGCUGAGACAGACGAGGCGUCCAGAAAUUGGAGAUAAAUUCAGCAGUCGUCAUGGGCAGAAAGGUGUUUGUGGCUUGAUUGUGCCUCAGGAAGACAUGCCAUUUUGUGAUUCUGGCAUCUGUCCGGACAUCAUAAUGAACCCACAUGGCUUCCCAUCGCGAAUGACGGUGGGAAAGUUAAUUGAGCUGUUGGCUGGCAAAGCCGGUGUGCUAGAUGGCAGAUUCCACUAUGGCACUGCGUUUGGAGGCAGUAAAGUGAAGGAUGUGUGUGAAGACCUCGUUCGCCAUGGUUAUAACUACUUGGGGAAAGACUAUGUUACAUCUGGCAUCACAGGUGAGCCCUUGGAAGCAUACAUCUAUUUUGGCCCCGUGUACUAUCAGAAACUGAAACACAUGGUGCUAGAUAAGAUGCAUGCCCGGGCCCGGGGGCCACGAGCCGUCCUCACCAGGCAACCCACUGAAGGUCGGUCUCGUGAUGGUGGUUUGCGUCUUGGAGAAAUGGAACGUGACUGUUUAAUUGGUUAUGGAGCCAGUAUGCUUUUACUAGAGAGACUAAUGAUUUCAAGUGAUGCCUUUGAGGUUGAUGUCUGCGGGCAGUGCGGCCUUCUGGGGUAUUCUGGCUGGUGUCAUUACUGCAAGUCAUCCUGUCACGUGUCUUCCCUCCGCAUUCCCUACGCCUGCAAGCUGCUCUUCCAGGAACUGCAGUCGAUGAACAUUAUCCCCAGGUUAAAACUGUCCAAAUACAAUGAGUAAGGAUGGAAGAGAUGGUUCUUUAAAGAACAGUUGAUUUGUCCAACACAGCUGAAAGCAGAGGGAUUGAGGACACUUCUGCUCCUGUGAAUAAUUCUUUGAGUGGUCUCUCUCUCAAAAAAAAAUUGAUGGAGCAGCUUUUUACACAGUAGAAGACCGACUAAACCACCUUGCUCGGUGAGGCCUCAGACCCUGGGUGAGAUGCCAACAUGGAUUGUGAUGCAGUCUCUCCUUCGUAUACUGACUGAUUGACAAAUGGACACUCCCUAAGAGAUAAAUAAACUCUUAUUUAUGUUCUGGUAUCAUGAAAUUUACUCAUUAGAAAGUCCUUCCUCCUUAAAAAGAAUGUUUGGGAUUAAAUUAAGAUCAGGAUUCUUAGGAAACUCGAAGGCUAUCAAGAAUCUGUUAGAGUCGGUUGACUCAGCCCUUGUCGAGGUGGCUGACGUGAGCAGCGCGUGAAGGAAAGAGCACCGAGGGAGGCUGGAAGAGUGGCGGCCUUCUUCUCUGGUCUUCUGAGGGGGUUCUCCCAAUGCUGAGUCUCACCUUUACACACCCAACCCUUUUCAUUUUAAUCUUGGUGAAAUACAAUAAAUAUA